AUGGACAGGCAAGAAAAUAAGAGAAUUCAAAGAUCCCUUGUAGUACACAAACUGAUUCAUCUCGGCAAAGUCAAGAUGAGCCGACAAAAACUUAGCGGACUGGAAAAGGGAAAUACAGUUCAUCAUGGAACCUUAAUCGAACGUAUUUUGAUCAAUUCAGCUCGCGUGCUAGCUUCUUGUGGCACUUCGUUGCAGCAAAAUGCAAUCACGCCAAAGGAAGAGAGAAUAACUGUGAACGUAGGGGGAACGAAAUAUGAACUUGCAAAAAAAAACUUGGAAAAGUUUCCCGACACGCUUCUUGGCAGCGAGAGGAAAAAUUUUUUCUAUGAUGCGGAGAGGAAGGAAUACUUUUUCGACCGCGAUCCAGUUAUUUUCAAGAACAUAGCCGACUUCUAUCGACAUGGAAGUUUUCACUCGCCUGCACCAACUGUGUGCUGUAUGGAAGCUGUGUUGGAUGAGUUGAAGUACUUUGGAAUCCCACAACAUUCCGUGUUCGAUUGUUGCUGUGAGCACAUUAUUCAAGAAGACGAGGAACAAGAAAAGAAGAAACAAAUAGAAACCAUGGAAAGUAAACUCCCUCAAAAAGACCGCAACUCGUGGACAGCCCGUGAGAAAUUGUGGCAGCUCUUGACCAAUAGCAAGAGUUCGAAAAAAUCAAAGGCAUUCGGGUUUCUCUUUGGAGCAGUAGUGCUUCUGAACAUCUCUGCUAUCGUAGCGGAAACAGUGCCCGCCGAGUCAGAUCAGACGAAUGGCAAGGCACACAGAAAUAUAUUUUUUGGACUGGAUUCUUUUUGCGUUGCAAUUUUCACAAUUGAGUUUACAGCACGCUUGUAUGCUGCCCCCUACAGACUAGACUUUGCGAGAGAUCCAUCGAAUAUAAUUGAUCUGCUGGGAAUAAUUCCUUACUACAUUGCGGUGGUUGAAAGGGCGGUCAAUUCUAACAAUGCAGUGCUGGGGUUUGUUGUUACGGUCUUUCGCAUGUUUAGAGUCUUUCGAGUGACUAAGCUGGCCAGGUAUUCUGAAAGGUUUCAAAACCUCCUACGUUCAAUACAGGGCGCUGCAAUGGAGCUUGGAGGAAUUCUUUUCUCGUUUCUAGCAUUGAUGAUAACAUUUUCGUCUAUCAUGUACUAUUUUGAAAGUGGACAGAAAGGAACAAAAUUUAAAAGCAUUCCGGCAGCUUUCUGGUACACUUUGGUCACCAUGACAACGCUAGGUUAUGGUGAUAUCGUUCCCUGCACGGUCAGUGGGAAGCUUCUAGGAGCAGCUUGUGCUUUGAUGGGGGUACUUCUUCUAGCCUUACCAGUUCCCAUUAUCGAAAGACAGUUGUAUGAAUGCCAAAGAAAAGGAAAGCCCAAGAAAGAUGGUGUCACAGAGAGGCUGGUGGCAUCUCUGCCUUCGUUAGGAAGAAUUGGUUCAAGCGAAGACAAGACUCUCGCGAGAAGAGGAGGCAAAAAUAAGAGGAAAUCUCGUACGCGUCGAAUAAAUGAUCUCCAUGACUCUCGAACAACAUCUUUGAAUGUGGAAACUGGCGCCUCCUCCAGCCGUUCCUGCGAGAGUAAUACAAGUUCCUCUAAUUCCGGUUCCGAAGAUUUCCUUGUUAUGAGGGUAGGCAUGCCAACAAUCAAAGAACCUGAAACUUCAGAUUUCAGUGGGAAUGGCAAUGUAAUUAUGCCUUCGACCGUUGCACCUCAAAAGCGUAAAAGCUGGUUUGGUAACGGGAAAGUUUCAGCUAGUGUGGGCGAUGGCAUAUUUACAGAAUCUCCACGUUCCUCUCAGUAUCUCUCGGAUUUUCGCCAAGUUAUUCCAAACCACGAAGAUGGAGUUGGUCGAAGUACACGUUACAAGUCUUUCAUUGAUGACAAAAAAGACGACAAAGAAGCUUUUUCCAUGAAAAACUUGCGUCAACAGCAAUUUCCAGAUGUAACCCCCCGGAAUUAUCACAGCGUUGGGGACUUAACAUAAGGCGUUAGCGAUAUUGAGUGGUGCAGCGCUCACUUUGAGAAUGAGCUGAAAAUGAAUCAACCAACUCGCCUCUCUUGUUUUCUACUACAAUUUUGUGGCCUUAGGUAAAUCUUAGAUUUUAACCGGCUCGUUAUUUAAAAAAAUGUUUUAAAAGCGCCUAUCAAACCAAUAGGAAAGAGAAUUAACAGUCCUUUCUUAAAAUCCUCUAGCGAUUUACGUUCAAGCUGGUGUGGAAAACGUUGACUAACCACCAUAAAAGGGAAAACCUGUCAGUAAAGAGAAAUUUAUGGCUACAGUUAUCUACAUUGCCUAGUAAGCAACAGAAAAGCUAUUUAAUUAGCCAUUAUUUUUUCUUGACUAGCUCUACUGCCUUUUAAUUGAACAUUGAACGAUUGUAGUUUCAGGUCAUAUGAUAAAGAAAUAUUUAUUAUUUGUCUUACUUCGCUUCAUCGAAUUCAGUGAGCUUCAACAUACCAUCUCAUAUGGAGUCUUAUAAAACUUGAGUCGUUCGCUCUCGAUUUCUUGUGGAGAAUUCCUAUGAUCUAUGUAAAUCAUUUUGAAACUCGUAUAGAAUGAUGGAUUCUCCGCUGAUACAAACAGAAUAAUUUCCUCCCUUUUUGAUAAAUUAUACUUCGAAAAUGAACUUUACUAUUCUAGGAAGAAGUAGUGUCCGCUAAUAUUCACCACUCAUCUUAGUGCGCAGAGAAAAGUAGCUCAGAUUAUAAUUGUUGUGUCGUAAGGUAAUCUCGAACCCAUGUAUCAGAAGCAAGGGGAGGUCUGUGUACUAGACUACUGUAAUUAUUUGAUGGUUUGACCUUUAAAUAUCUUACCAGUGUCCAAGAUAUUUUGUCUUAAUAUUUUCGCACUCUAUUACCCAAUUUGAGAUGUAGCAGUUUAGAGAUCUAGGCGGAAAAUAAUGAUCAUAAAGAUUGGAAGCAGUCUCUUUUUAUAUUAAAGUAACUGUAAUGCCUGUGCUGUUUAAAGCUCGCCAAAUAUAUCUCACCGGGGAUAUGAGACCCUAAAAAAGUUUAGAAGGGUCAAACGUAGCUUACGGGUGGCUGUCUGGCGUACGCUUUGAUUACAAGUGAGGCUAUUUUCUUUUGGGAUCAGCCUUCUCAAUCGGAACCAGCUUUGGUCUACGCGGUUAAUGUUUUCUAACAAACACUUUACUAGCUGUUUUCGGUUGAAACGCGGUAACUCC